AUGGCAUCAAGACCACCUCCGCCGAAACCUUGGGAGAGGGCGCAGCAGAGCACAGGAGCGGCAUCGUCGUCUCCGUUCGCUCCGUCGGCGCCGGCUGCCAGCACGUCGCAGGUAGUCGCAGAGGCCGGCACCGCUGGGAGCAACCCGGUAACGUCUGCAGACGCAGCGGCUGCUGGCCGUCCUAUGCCAUCUCGGCCGUGGGAAGGAGCAACCACUGCUGCAGGCGCAAGCGCGGUUUCCCCGUACGGUUCGUCCGCCUACGGCACACCCGCCAGCACCGCCGGCGGAGCCUACUUAGGGGCGAACCGCUACGGCAGCGGCAUGAGCUCGCUCUACGGUGGCGGGGGCAUGUACGGUGCGGGCGGCACCGCCUACGGCAGCGCCUAUUCCUCUCCCUACGCGUCGCGACUUGGCGGCGGCUACGGCGCCGGGGGAUACGGGGCUGGCGGGAUGUACGGCGGAGGAUACGGGUCUAGUUACGGCAUGGGCGGAAUGGGCGGAUACGGAAGCAGCCUUGGCGGGGGGAUGUAUGGGUCGGGGAUGACGAUGGGGGGAAUGGGCGGGGGGAUGUAUGGGUCCGGCAUGGGCAUGGGCAUGGGCAUGGGCAUGGGGUACGGCGGUGAGAUGGGCAUGGGGCCGCAUGGGGGCGAUCCUAAUGCUCCGCCGGAUGGUCAGGGACCCCCGCGCGCGCCCACCUUCUGGGUUUCCAUGCUGCGAGUGAUUCACGGAGUGAUGACAGCGUUUGGUCGAUUGUGUGUACUGGUGGAUGAGAACACACAUGCCAUCCACUUCUUUAUCACAGCACUGCUGCAGCUAUGUGACCGUGCGGGUCUCCUGUAUGGUGAAGUAGCCAGUCCGUUUGCCAUGUCGUUCGCUGCAUCUUCCGCCGCCAUUUGUCCCUCAGCCGCCGCGUUCCCAUCACUCAAGCGCGCUCAGGAUCUCUCCGCGCAACCACAAGCCCGCAGGGCUCCGCUAAUCCCCGCUGCUUCCGCCUCCGCCUCCGCUUCCGCCGCUAUGCGCCGGAGAGCUCCGCAGGCAUCAUCGGAGCGCGCCAAGCCCAGGAGGGCAAGGCGGAGAGUGGCAUGCCAAGCGGGAAGCGGGAAGUGGGAUGGAUCUGGAUCGGAGUUCCCGAACCCCGCGGACCUUCCGCCAAAGGCGGCGGAGGAGGAGGCGCGGAUGGAUGGGGAAAGCCGCGCGGAGAGGAUCCGCGCGGAGGCGAGAAAGCUGCGAGAGGAGGAGGCGAUUAGGCUGUACGAGGCUCCCGGCGCUGCGCCACGCGAGCUAGUCGAGGCGGCGGUGGCGGAGGAGAUAGGGGUGGGGGAGGGGGAAGGGGAAGGGGAGGGGGAAGAGGAAGGGGAACGACUGGUGAAGAAAGCGGAAGCUUCUAGGCAACCUGCCGCUGCAGUGGGGGGGAGCAGGGUGAUUCAAGGGGCUUUAAGCGAGGAGAGGGAGGAAGGAGAGGUGGAGGAGGUGGAGGAAGAGGAGGAGGAGGGGGAAGUGGAGGAAGAGGAAGAAGAAGAGGAGGAACUAGAAGAAGGCGAGGUGGAAGAGGAGGAGGAGGAGGAGGAGGAGGACGACGAGGAAGAGAUGUACGAGGAAGACGAAGAGGAGGAGGAGGAGGAUGAGGAGGAGGAUGAAGAAGAAGAGGAGGCGUCGUUUGACAUGCGGAUGGUGACGGCAAUGGCGGAGGCGGGCGAGGAGGGGGGCGCGGGCGCGCUCACUCUCGCGGAGAUCCUGGAGGACGCGGGGGUGGAGGCGCUGGACGUGGAUGGGGACCUGUCGGUGGAGAUCACUGGCAUUCAGGCUGACUCGAGGUGGGGGGAUGGGGGAAUGCAGUGGAGGGAUGGAACCACAGACGGACGGGCAGAUGUACUUGCGAUGAAGCUGGACGUUUUCUGUGUGUGUGUGGUGGGGCAGACCACAGACGGACGGGCACAUGUACUUGGGUUCUUCGCUCCUUUCCCCACCCAUACCUCCACCCUCUGCUGCCCUUACUGUGCCUUUUCCACCCUCCCCUAUCCCCUUUCGCUCCCGUCCACCUGUCAUAACGUCUGCAGGGAGGUGAAGCCGGGCGAUCUGUUUGUGUGUGUGGUGGGGCAGACCACGGACGGGCACAUGUACGUGGGGGACGCGGCAGAGAGGGGCGCUGCUGCUGUCGUGCUCUCACGCGGAGACGUGGAGGUGGACGAGCGCGUGGACGCCGUGGUGCAGGUCGGUGCAGAGCGGUGCUCCUUGGUUAAGGGGGGCAAGGGGUGCUGUACUGCAGGGUGGGGAGUGGGAGGGAGGGGUGUUGUGCGUGCGCUUCCCUGUAGUGUGCGUGGGCCGUUUGGGCGUUUCGGCAUGGUGGCAAUGGCAACACACGGGGUGGAGGACACGCAAGCAGUGCUGUCAGCACUGGCAGGUGCAUUCUAUGACCAUCCAUCAGAGAAACUUGCCAUGGUGGGGUUAACGGGCACGAACGGCAAGACGACCACCACGUAUCUCAUCAAGAGCAUUUACGAGGCCAUGAAGGUGCCUGCAGGCCUUCUCGGCACCAUCAGCUACAAGAUCAAGGAUCAGGAGCUAGAGGCGCCCAACACAACCCCAGACGCCAUCUCCCUGCAGCGCCUGCUGUCGCAGAUGGUGGAGGCGGGGUGCGAGGCGUGCGUGAUGGAGGUGUCCUCGCACGCGCUCACCCUGGGGCGAGUGGAGGACAUCGACUUUGACGUGGCCGUCUUCACCAACCUCACGCGCGACCAUCUGGACUUUCAUGGGACCAUGGAGGCGUAUCGGGAUGCCAAGGCCAGGCUGUUUGACGCCAUGACGGACCCUACUCGCCACAGGAAGGUGGUGAAUCUGGACGACCCCCACGCGUCCUUCUUCAUGGCACGUGGCGGGGCAGACGUGGUGAACCUGGACGACCCCCACGCGUCCUUCUUCAUGGCACGUGGCGGGGCAGACGUGCCAGCGGUGACCUUCUCGCUGGAGAACACACAGGCGGACGUGCAUGCCCUCGAGGUCGCGCUCUCGCUCUUUGAAACCGAACUGCUCGUGCGCACGCCCCGGGUAAGCCUUCUCGGUCGUCACAAUGUGUCCAACAUCCUGGCAGCAGUAGCAGUGGGAAUCGCCAUCAACGCGUCCUCAGUCCCAUCCUCUCCUCCCUCUUGCCCUUCCCUUUCUCCCCGACAGGGCGACCUGGAGGUCUCUUCCGGGCUGCUGGGCCGUCACAACGUGUCCAACAUCAUGGCAGCAGUAGCCGUUGGAAUUGCCAUCAACGCGCCCUUAGAAGCCCUCGUGCGCGGGCUGGAGGAGGUGGACGCCGUGCCGGGGCGCGCCGAGCUGGGCGACCUGGAGAUCUCUUCCGGGCUGCUGGGCCGCCACAACGUGUCCAACAUCCUGGCAGCGGUAGCAGUCGGCAUUGCCAUCAACGCGCCCUUAGAAGCCCUCGUGCGCGGGCUGGAGGAGGUGGACGCCGUGCCGGGGCGGGCCGAGCUCGUGGACGAGGAGCAGGCGUUUGCUGUGGUGGUGGACUAUGCACAUACUCCUGAUGCGCUCAGUCGCCUGCUGGACACUGUUCGAGAAUGCGGUCCGAGGCGAAUCAUCACAGUGGUGGGGUGUGGCGGUGACAGGGACCGGGGCAAGAGGCCGAUGAUGGCCAAGAUAGCAGCGGAGAAGAGCGACGUUACCAUACUCACGUCCGACAACCCUCGCACCGAGGACCCCUUGGGCAUAUUGGACGACAUGCUGGCAGGCGUGGGGUGGAGCAUGGAGGAGUACAUAGAGUACAACCAGGCGGGGUUCAUCCCCCCCCUGCCCUCGGGGAACCGCCUCUACGUGUAUGACAUCCGUGGCAUUGCUGUGCGCGCUGCCAUCGCCAUGGCUGAUGAUGGCGACGCUGUGGUGGUGGCGGGGAAGGGCCAUGAGACGUACCAGAUAGUGGGGCAGGAGAAGACGUACUUUGACGACCGGGAGGAGUGCAGAGAGGCGCUGCAGCAUGUGGACGAGUUGCGCACGCACUUUGACACCUCGCAGCUGCCCUGGAGGAUUCUUGACAUGAGUGACAUGAAGGUCAUACCCGAUCCAGAUGCCAAUGCAUAUUAA